CCCCAUUCGUCCAAGACAAAACCUACUAUAAAUAUUUCAUAUUUAUGACACUGACUAAAAUCAACACCGAAUCCAGCGGUCAAACUGAGGAACAGAAACAAGAAUCAAAAAUAUUACGUCAACUACUUGAUGAUUGUUCUAAGGAAUACACAGAGAAGCGAUCGAUUCACUUUUUCACUUUCCAAAACUAUUGGAAGUCUCAAAUUUGUGGUAUCGAUGCAUUUGCAAAACAAGAAUGUAGCUUGACGGUUGAAGAUUUAAAAUGCGGCAGUCUGAUCACCAAAUCUAAGUUGGUGUUUGGAGUGAAAGGACCAGAUCCUAAUGGCAUUUCAAAAAAAAAUGCUGGAAAUGUAGUCCAGGAUAAAAUACAAGAUGGAACACUUGGUGCAUUCGAAGUAGAUGUGAAAUCUUUUAUGUCUGACCCAAAAGGACAAACGAGUAUGCCAGAGCCGACUGAAAAACCAUCUGUACCUGAACCUAACGUGUAUGUGAUUGUCACAAUGAAAUAUACGUGGAAAGAAUUCUGCACGGUAAUCAAGGAACACUUUAGGGAGAAGAUCGCGGAGAGAUCGUAUGACCAAAAAGGUAAUCAAUUGAAACCCACUGAUAUAUACAUCGUGAACGGCGCCAAGAAUUGCGCGAACCCGGAUCAUAACAUAGAGGAGAUCGAUGUUUGGUUUUCCGUGAUCGGCCCAGACGCAGAUGAGGUUACCAUAGCAGCCGGGGAAGGAUUGAAGGACUUGCUCGAUACCGGACUGUUGAGAAAACUAGGAAAUCUGUUUGAGGACAAAAUAACUAACGUUAAAUUUGGUGGUAAAAAGGCGCCUAAGCCGGAGAGCUUGACUGAAACUGAGAAAAUAUGGUUGGCUGUUGGAAUAACCUUAGGAAUUAUCCUGGUGAUUGCCGUAAUCUACCUGUGCUGCACUCACAGGAAGCCAGAUAACAAGGAUGUUGAACGAAGCCCAAACUAUUUUGCCAUGGAUAACAUCGACGGCGCCAAAAAGGAGUCCACAGUUCUCGUCAACGAUGGAUUUGACGAAAAUGAAGGAACGCACACGCCGGUAUCAGAAAGAAUCUCGACGUUCAAAGAUCAACCUGACGAGUCUUUGGUGAAAAAGAAAGUCCAGGCCUCUCUUAAGACACAGCCUGAGAAUGACGACAACAAACAGCUAAGUGAUGGUACAGAGGAAGGGAAGAAAGCACCACUUGGGGAAGGAGAGGACACUGACGAUGAAUUAGGAAUGACAGUGGCUGAUGUUGCAAUCGAACCGAUCAAAGAGGAGAAAAAACCUAGUGUCGCACCCCCCGGAACACUCUUAGUUAUCCCACCCGCUCCAGUUCACAUGGCUAUACAAGAUGUAGCAAAGUUAAAUGAAGAUACGGGUGGGGAGGACAAGAGAAACAAAGAAUACGAGGACUUGGAUCAAACAAAGACAGAUCCGAAGACAUACCCAAACGCUACUAUCGAUAAGAACAGAGAAGCCAGUAAUGUACCAAAACCGGAGACGAGGGUCAAAUUAGAGGGAGAAAAUGAUUAUAUCAACGCCAAUUUCGUAAAGGAUCACCAUGGUGCGAACAGUUUUAUUGCAACACAACACCCUUUGCCAAACACAAUGAGAGACUUCUGGUCAAUGGUGUGGCAACUUGAUGUCUCAACUAUUGUGAUGGUCAACGAUUCCGAGAAGGACUUGGAAAACUUCCAUAAUUACUGGAUGGAUCACGAGAAUUCCUUGACCAUUUACGGGCAUAUGCAAGUGAAAACAGAGAGGUCAGAGACUAAUGCAACAUUCAACAUCACCACGUUUAUCUUGAAAAACAGUCAGGAAAACGAUUUAACCAAAACACUUCGCCAUUUCCGCUUCAAAUCCUGGCCGGAUGAAGGAUUCCCUGAUGUGAAAGGAUUUGUCCAGUUCAUGCGAAGUGUCGAUAAGUCGAGAAUGGAAAAUCCUAAAUCACCAGUCGUUGUACACUGCAAAAAUGGCCAAGGUUAUGCGGGGGUUGCCAUAGCAACGGCUAUUGGGCUACGCGUAUACACAGAGAGCGACAAGAAAUCUGUUGUGGAUGUCUUCGACUGCGUUAACAAGAUGAGAAGCGAUCGAGAAGGAGUCGUUUCAUCCAAAGAUCUUUACAAAUAUAUAUUUAAAGUGCUGAAGACUAUUACAGACAGUGCAUCAACGUCUGACUCGAAACUCUGAUGGAGUCUAAUACUGAAAUCCACAACCACAGAGCAACGCUGACCAUCGAAGACUGUGGAUUUGCCGUUAAACCAAAAUUCAAUCUAUUGAGCUCUUGCAAGGGACGUCAGUUUGUUCUAUUUGUCUUUGGCCAUUUUGUUAGCAAAUUAGAAAACUGAUAGUCAUGAAAAAAUGAUCAUAUAGAAGGCAACUGAUAUUGUAUUAUUUUUGCUCAUAUUUUCGGCUGGAUUUUUAAAGACGUGCAAAGUUUCAAGGAUUUUUAGUAAUCGGUUGGAUAAAAGACGCCCAAAAUGGCGGACGGAUUAUGUGAUACGUCAUCUUUGCAGGAGCACAAUAUCUUGACACAGAUAUACUAGUAGUGAAAGAACAUUAUAGUUUUAAGUAGUAAGGACAAAUUGAUUGAGAUUAAAUUAUUACAACAUUGCUCUAUCUAUCGAUGACACAAUCAUGAUAUAGAUUUUGAAUAGACUAUCAAAAUUCCAUCGAUUGUGUAAUCAAUCGAUAAAACAUUAAACUUAAAGAGGCUGUGAUCAUUGAGGGAGACCAAAAUCCCAUUGCGAAAUCAUUAAAUUUACAUAAAAUAUAUUAAACAUGGAAUAUUUCUAGAUCUAUUCUUCAAUUACACGCUCCUCUGAAGAAAACAAAGUGUGUAGAAGAACAUACACUAUAUUUUAAUGCUUGAUUUGUACGAAUAUGUGUAAACAUGCAGGCACAUUUAGAACACUUGCCAUAUAUUGUAUAUAUUUUUUUCAAUAUAUUUG